AGGAAAAGCGUCCCAGACAGUUUUGAAGUUUUCAAAGACUGGCUCUGCUGUUAAGAAGUUGUACUUAAAGCAGAGGAGCUAAGCCACCUGCCAAAAUGUGCAAAGGACUUGCAGCUUUGCCCCACUCAUGCCUGGAAAGGGCCAAGGAGAUUAAGAUCAAGUUGGGAAUUCUCCUCCAGAAGCCAGACUCAGUUGGUGACCUUGUCAUUCCAUACAAUGAGAAGCCAGAGAAACCAGCCAAGACCCAGAAACCCUCGCUGGACGAGGCCCUGCAGUGGCGUGAUUCCCUGGACAAACUGCUGCAGAACAACCAUGGACUUGCCAGUUUCAAAAGUUUCCUGAAGUCUGAAUUCAGUGAGGAAAACCUUGAGUUCUGGAUUGCCUGUGAGGAUUACAAGAAGAUCAAGUCCCCUGCCAAGAUGGCUGAGAAGGCAAAGCAAAUUUAUGAAGAAUUCAUUCAAACGGAGGCUCCUAAAGAGGUGAAUAUUGACCACUUCACUAAGGACAUCACAAUGAAGAACCUGGUGGAACCUUCCCUGAGCAGCUUUGACAUGGCCCAGAAAAGAAUCCAUGCCCUGAUGGAAAAGGAUUCUCUGCCUCGCUUUGUGCGCUCUGAGUUUUAUCAGGAGUUAAUCAAGUAGUAAUUUAGCCAGGCUAUGAAACCAUCCUGUGAGUUAUUUCCUCCAUAAUAACCCUGCAUUUCCCAUUAAUCUACAUAUCUUCCCACAGCAGCUUUGCUCAGUGAUACCCACAUGGGAAAAAUCCCAGGAGAUGUUGCUUACUCUUUUUGCUCACAUUGCUUUGGAUACUUAUCUACUGUCCAAAGGCCUUCUUUCCCCACUCAAUUCUUCCUGCCCUGUUAUUAAUUAAGAUAUCUUCAGCUUGUAGUCAGACCCAAUCAGAAUCACAGAAAAAUCCUGCCUAAGGCAAAGAAAUAUAAGACAAGAAUAUGAUAUCAAUGAAUGUGGAUUUAGGUAAUAGAUUUCCACCUAAAUUGGUCUACAAAAGAAUAUAAGUGUGGACAGACCUAUUUCAAAGGAGCUUGAUUGAUCUCAGUUGUUUCAGUUCUGAUCCAAGGAGAGCACCCCUCUAAUUAUUUCUGAACUUGGUUAAUAAAAGGUUAUAAGAUUUUUAUGAAGCAGCCACUGUAUGAUAUUUUAAGCAAAUAUGUUAUUUAAAAUAUUGAUCCUUCCCUUGGACCACCUUCAUGUUGGUUGUGUAUUAUAAAUAAGAGAUACAACCAUGAGUAUAUUAUGUUUAUACAAAAUCAAUCUGAACACAAUUCAUAUAGAUUUCUCUUUUACACCUUCCUCACUGGCCCCCUCCACCUGCCCAUGGUUACCAAAUUCUGUUUUAAAUCAAUGACCUAAGAUCAACAAUGAAGUAUUUUAUAAAUGUAUUUAUGCUUCUAGAUUGUAGGUCAAAUGUUUCCAUUUUCAAAUUAUUUAAAAUUCUUAUGAGUUUAAAAUUCAUAAAUUUCUAAAUCCAAUCAUGUAAAAUGAAACUGUUGCUCCAUUGGAGUAGUCUCCCACCUAAAUAUCAAGAUGGCUAUAUGCCAAAAAGAGAAAAUAUGGUCAAGUCUAAAAUGGCUAAUUAUCCUAUGAUGCUAUCAUCAUAGACUAAUGACAUUUAUCUUCAAAACACCAAAUUGUCUUUAGAAAAAUUAAUGUGACUACAGGUAGAGGCCUUCUAGGUGAGACACUUUUAAGGUACGCUGCAUUUUGCAAAAAAAAAAAAAAAAAAAAAAAAGUAAUCUUUUAGCAACCCCAGUAUUCCCUCACUAUUUUGCUUCCUGCAUUAGUAAAUUUUACUUACAGUCAAAAGUGCAGAUUUAUACUCCUGACAUGCCUCAUUCACAGCUAAAUAAUAGGCCAUAGGACUUUUGGUAGGUUUAAACUUUUAAUUCUGUAUUUCAUGAUUAUAAAUCUUGCUAGAAUUUUUUCUAAUCUUUAGUAGAUUUGAUUAAAUAAUGAUUCACAGAAUUUAGUAACAGAAUCAGACUAAGCCAUGUAUGAGGGUAAUCGAGAUGAGGAUAUUAACUCAAAAGAAAGAGGGUGAUUUUUAAAGGAUUAAUAAAAUUCUGAAAUGUUAAGUAGAAGAUUACAUUGUCUAGUCUUGUAUUUCCUCCUUCUGUUGCUCUCUUUCAUUCACACACUCUCAGUUUCCCAUAUUUGUAGCUCAUUUAUUUGGUUAUUUCUUAAGAAUAUUGAAAGUGAAGCAACUAUGUGACUGUAUUCUUCAGGUAAACACUGACUGUGCUUGUUGGAUUUUCCCUAUUUUUGUGACUUCAAGAAUAAUGUGCCCUGCUGAAUACAUGCCAUUUCACAUUCUGAAAAUGGGUAGAGUGGCUGGGUGUUCUGCCAACAAUUGCUAGUGGUGUGAAUUCAUUCAUAUUUGCCAGUAUUGCUCACUUCACAGAAACUCCUUCAUCAAGCAGUCCAGAGCGAGGCCAGAUCAAUGCUGCAAUCAUGAAGUUCUCAUCACAUGCAAUUGUGUAGGAUUGACAAGGAACUCAGUUAAAAAUUUCCAGGGUGCACUUCCAACACCAGCUUCAACAUCUGUCUACAUUGCCCCCAAGUUAAUAAAGUGCCAACCCUUUACUCUCUCAUACAGCUAGAAAUGUUAGAAAUCCAAAAUCUUGGUGCAUUAUUUUUUCAUAAACGCUAAAACAUUUGAAGAAACAAUUUAAUUAUUUAAAAUUCAAGUAUUUUAUUCACAUUGUUUGAAAUAUCCAAAUGUUUAAAAAUUCUCAGAUAGUUAACUAGCUAUCACAGAUCUCACCUAGAGGGUUGAUGUUAGGAAGACUCCAACGGACUGUACUCACAAAUUGACUGGACACCCUAUGAAAGUGGGUAGACUUUUCAGUGGAAAAUAAGAAGGGCUUUUACCUACAGGGCAGGAAAGGGCCCCAUGAGAGCAGUUCUGUGGAGAUAUAAAAAGAAUGGAAGAAGGAAUGCCUUAUAGUGAUAUUGUGACAUUAUAUCUAUAUAUCUGCAUAUAUCUAUCUAUCUAUAUCUACAUCUAUAUAAUCUUACAUUUAAAAUUGUAUUCCUACACAUAUUAGAAACUCUUCUUCUAAUAUAUGAAGUAAAAAAAUUAAAAAGAAUACAAAUAUUCCAGCCCCAAAUGAGAAAUCAAACAUAUUAAAAUUGUUCUAGAAAAUUUCUUUGAACACUUUUGAAAGUUUUUGGAAACUUAGAAAAGAGGGAAAAAAAAUCCUGUGUUACCAGUAAUUUCCAUGGUAAUACGGAUAAAAUACAUUCUUUCAAUUCUGGGAAAUUAGAAAAAGUGGGGUAAUCUUUCCAGGAAAAACAUGUGUAACAUCUGCUUAUCACUCCAUCUCCCUCCUCCUCCUCUCCACAUUCCCUUGAGUAAGUGUCUGGGAAAGCAUGAAGCUUGAUGCAAGAAACCUGUUGUACUGGAGUUUUCCUCCCCUGUGAAAAUGUAACUACUGUUGGGAGUGAAUUGAGGAUGUAGAAAGGUGGAACCUAAUUGUGGUCAAUGGAAAUAGGAGAAUAUGGUUCUCACUCUUGAGAAAAAAACCUAAGAUUAGCCCAGGUAGUUGCCUGUACCUUCAGUUUUUCUGCCUGGUUUUGAUAUAGUUUAGGGUUGGGGUUAGAUUAAGAUCUAAAUUACAUCAGGACAAAGAGACAGACUAUUAACUCUACAGUUAAUUAAGGAGGUAUGUUCCAUGUUUAUUUGUUAAAGCAGUGUGAAUAGCCUUCAAGCAUGUGAAUAAUCUUCCAUCUUCCCUGCCACACACACACACACACACGCACACACACACACAUUUUUUUGUUUCUUUCAGGUAGACACUUUUUAAAAUGCAGAACUAACUGAGGCAUUUCAGUAACUUUGCUUUCAAAUCAAUAAAGUCAAACGUAUGGAAGCAUUUU